AUGAAAGGCACUGGGAUCAGUUUGAUCCUUGCACUGGCAGUCGCUCGUGGAUAUGUAGUAGAUACCAAUAAGAAUGGGUGCCCCACUGACUCAACCAUUGAAAAGUUGCUUGAGCACGAAUAUUGCAACAAGUUCUAUCAAUGCUUAAGAGGUGAAUUAGUCGAACACACGUGCCCAAAAGGUUUAUUAUUCAAUAUUGGAGUCGAUCAAUGCGAUUGGUCAGAAAAUGUUGACUGCGGAAACAGAGUCAUAACAGAUGAUGAGCAUAUAGAUGAUUCUGACGAAGACGAGAGCAGUAACGAUAGUGGUGGCAAUUAUGACCCUAGCGAGGCACCCAUAAUCUGUGCAACUAAAGGUUCCGAUGGUGUACUAAUAGCUCACGAGAACUGCAACCAGUUUUACAAAUGUUCAGAAGGAGAACCAAUAGCAUUGUUCUGUCCAGAAAAUCUUUUGUACAAUCCAAAGACAGAACAAUGCGACUGGCCUCAAAAUGUACAGUGUGGCAACAGAGUUAUCCCUGAAGAUAAUGAAAGUGCCGGAGGGGAUAGCGGUGGUAAUGGUGAUGAUGGUUUGGGAGUAGGCAGUGAUGCUAACAACAGCAGUUGCAACUGUAAUCCAGCAGAAGCUACCUCAAUUUGCGCAGCUGAAGGAUCUGAGGGUCAAUUUAUAGCCCAUGAAAAUUGUAACCAGUUGUAUAAGUGUUGUGAUGGCAAACCACAGACGAUGACCUGUCCAACGGGCCUUCUUUAUAAUGCUUACCUUGAGCUAUGUGAUUGGCCUCAAAAUGUUGAAUGUGGUGAUAGAGUAAUCCCAGAAAGCAACGGAAAUGGAGACGGUGGCAGUAGCGGAGGAGAUAGUGGAGAGAGUGGCAGUGAAGGGGGUGGUGGCAGCGUUGAUGGCGGGAACGGAGAUAGUGGUAAUGACAAUAACAACACUUGCAAUUGCAAUCCCGAAGAAGCUCCCACAAUCUGCGCUGCUGAAGGAUCUGAAGGUGAAUUUGUUGCUCAUGAAAAUUGUAAUCAAUUCUACAAAUGCUGUAAUGGAAAACCAUUGACGAUGACCUGUCCAGCAGGUCUUUUUUAUAACGCUUACAUUGAGUUAUGCGAUUGGCCUCAAAACGUACAGUGCGGUGACAGAGUUAUUCCAGAAGAUAAUGGUGAGAGCGGCAGUGGCGGCGAAGGCAACGGUGGUGGUGACACUGAAGACGGUGGAGGCAACGGUGAUGGCGAAACAGAAGGUGAUGGUGAAGACAAUAAUAAUACUUGCAACUGUAAUCCCGCAGAAGCUCCUUCAAUCUGCGCCGCCAAAGGAUCAGAAGGUAUUCUUGUUGCUCAUGAAAAUUGUAACCAGUUCUAUAUAUGCUCCAACGGUUUGCCAGUAGUACAAAGUUGCCCUGUAAAUCUGCUGUACAACCCUUACACUGAGCGAUGCGAUUGGCCUGAAAAUGUACAAUGUGGUGACAGAGUUAUUCCAGGUAAUGGAGACAGCGGCAGUAGCGUAGGAGGUGGUGGAAGUGAUGGCGAAUCUGGAGGCAGUGGAGACGACAGUAAUAAUACUUGCAACUGCAAUCCUGGAGAAGCACCAUCAAUCUGCGCUUUAGAAAAAUCAGAAGGCGUUUUCGUUGCUCAUGUAAAUUGUAACCAGUUCUAUACAUGCAACAAUGGAUUGCCCGUAGUGCAGAGUUGCCCUGUAAAUCUGCUCUACAACCCUUACACUGAGCGCUGCGAUUGGCCUGAAAACGUACAGUGCGGUGACAGAGUGAUUCCAGAAGAUAGUAAUGAUGGUGACAGUAACAGUAGCGGAGAAGAAAGCGGAGGUGGUGGCUCUGGAGGUGGUGAUUCUGAGAGCGGUGGAGGUAACGGUGAUGGCGGAUCUGGAGGUGGUGGUAGCGACAACAACAAUACUUGCAACUGCAAUCCCGGAGAAGCUCCCUCAAUCUGCGCCGUUGUGGGAUCAGAGGGAAUACUUGUUGCUCAUGAAAAUUGUAACCAGUUUUAUACAUGCUCCAAUGGCUUGCCCGUAGUACAAAGUUGCCCUGCAAAUCUGCUCUACAACCCUUACACAGAGCAAUGCGAUUGGCCCGAAAACGUACAGUGUGGUGACAGAGUGAUUCCAGAAGACGUUCGAUAA